GGUGCCGCUAGUCCCGUAGUUUUGUGUGGUUGCUCAAGUUAUUCCUGUUUAUAAGGUAUGAUCCGCGAGGCUAAUGUUAAGCUAAGUCUUUAUAAGUACUUGUAGAGACACAAUUGAUAUGUUUAAGACCUCCUUUUGUAUAUAAGAGCUUAAAUGGUUAUGUUGUAUGGACACAAAGCUAGGGUGCAGUAGCACCAACAUAGCUAUAUAAAGUGGGUUAGUCAACUUUGGCGCCUUGGCUACUUUCCACAACAGCCUCAAUACAUCUCAGUGCCCAGACGUGACCAUCUGCAGAGACACAGGGCUUAUCAAAGCUGAUGUGACCACAGAAAUAUAACAGAAAAUACCAGUGGAGGGGAUAUCAGGAAGUGGCCUAAGUCAAACACACACAAAGGAACAGGAUGGCCCCUGAGAUCCAGGCAGUGGUACAUGUGACCCAAGCCUGGCUGCGGUCCUCCUGGCACGUCCAGGUGCCCUUUGCCUGGCUGGAAGCUUGUGUGGAGUGGCUGCAGGAAGAGGCAGGAGGAGCAGGCCGCCUGUCACAGCAGCAAAUCAACCAACAGGCGCUGGACCAGUGGCUGUUGACAGACCUGAGGGACCUGGGCCACCCUGUUCUCCCUGAGGGUCUCUCUCAGGCCCAGAAGACUCAACUCAGCGGCACCUUCUGUGUCCAGGUUGACUCAUUAAUAGACAUCAGCCAGCCUGCGUACAGUCAGCUGCAGAAGUGGAGGGGCUCAGACUGUGGCAACGACGAGGUGUCUGCUGUCACGCAGGCCACCCAGAGGCCCUGGGAAGCCAAACCAACCCGUAUGCUACUAUUGCAGGUGACAGAUGGAGUCCAGAGCUUGGAGGCCAUGGAGUAUCAGUCGAUCCCUGCACUCAGCACGGCUCUCAGGCCUGGUGUGAAGCUGCAGCUGCAUGGGCAGAUGGUUUGCAGACUUGGGAUGCUUCUGUUGGGGCCGACCAACAUCAAGGUCCUGGGUGGUGAGGUGGAGGACCUGGUGGAGAGGAAUAAACAGGGCAAGAUUCUGUGUCGGACGCUGGGACUUCCUGAGGAGGAGCAGCAGGAGGGGGAGGAGGCUCCACCAGCACCACAACAAGGUAACCAGGAAGUGGAGGACCUGGAGGUGGAUGAUGCAGAGUUGUUGGCAGCCAGUCUGGAGGCCCAGGAGGAGGUGGAAUGGGUUCAGGUUGAGCCUAUUCGAGACAGUGGCUACAGGACGCUAAGUGUGACCUCCACUCAGUCCUCGAGAAGCUCCACUGUCAGGAGCCUUGUAUCGACAGCCUCAUCUAGAAGUGAAGCCUCUGAACUCUCGUACAGAAGUGGUUUCAACCAGAGCAACAGAGGUGGUUUAGUCCAAGGUCAUCGCUACGGAAACGAACAAGAGGAUUCUGACCUCUCCAUUCAACAAGAGAUCCCAGAUCACAACAUGGCAGACGAAGACUUUCCUGAUGAAGACUUUGACGAUCUUCCCCUGGACGAGUUGGACAGUGUGAUUUUUCAAGAAAGUCCAAAUGUUGCUGCACAGUCUGACAGCAGUCACAGAAACACGCCACACAACAACAACAACAACAACAGAAUAACAGGAAGUCCUAACAGAGCAACAAAAGCCCAAACUGCUCAGUUUGAGCAGCACACUUUGGAUGGCUCUGGGUCAAGGCUUGGUUCUAGCAACUCCAGAUCCACCACACAGAAAAGAGACUAUCAAGGCUGCGCUAAAGGAGCUACAGUGAAGUCCUGUAACCCAGCAGCAGCUUCAGGGCCAACACAUGAAUUAGAGGUUGUUACUAAUGAUGAGAGCGAUUUCAUGGAUGAAGAUAUGGACUGCCUUCUGGCUGAGGUAGAAACUGGGAUGCCAAAUCAGCUCCCUGUUCAACAAGGACCUAGUAGAGACAGAGAGAGCGCCACCAACAAAACAGUAACUUCAAUCUCCAAUUGUAGACUUGCUGGUGACUCAUCAGCAAGUUCUAUUAAGACAAAACCUGCAUUUGAGAGCUCGCACACGACACCCCAGGGGCAAAAUUAUACCUCAAACUCUGCAGUAUCUGAUAGACCAUCUGGCAGCUUGGUCCCUGCUGUCACUCUGACCUCUCCACCUUUCACCUAUUUGUGCCUGCUAGAAGAGACAAUGUCCAAACCACACCCUCGCACCACAGAGAUCCGCGUCAAAGCUUUCAUUGUGACUCUCUUGGGGAAACUGAGCAGCAACAGCGGUCUUUGGAGCGUCUGCGCUACGAUAUCUGAUGGAACUGGUUACCUGGACGUGGAGCUGUCCAAUGAGGUGUUGACGGGCCUGCUCGGCUUCUCUGUGGCGGAGAAGGGGGCUCUGAAGCGUGACCCAGCCCGGAGAGGUGAGCUGGACACUGGGAUGAGGAGGUGUCAGGAAGGGCUGGUGGACAUGUGCUGUGUUAUGACCAUCGUGGUUGAAGCAGGCGGCAGGAAAGCUGUGGUGACCAAGGCAGACCCCGUCAGUGAGAAAGUAGUCCAGGAGCUUGAGCAGAGGGUGAGAGAGAGGAGAAAAUAGACACGGAGGAGAGGUUGGGGGGGAGUGGGUGAUAAUGAGAAAAUUACAGGCAACAGAAAAGUAUAUUGGCCUUAAGCAGAGAUGGAAAAUUGAAUGAAACUAAAGUGUUUUUUUUUUUUUAGGCCGAUUUUCUGCUUGACAUGCACUGCAUUGCUUCCAAGCAAAGUAAACAGAUCUAUAACAUCGACACUGCGUAUAAACGAUUGGUCAUCAACAUAUUAGGUCAAGCUAGUCAGAGCUGAGCAUCCCAAAUUGUAUAUAACAUUAAAAACUACGAAGAGAAGUGUGAGGCGUGUGAGACGAGAGAAGGGAAUCGGGGGAGAAAAUAAUUCAUAUUCUGAUUGUUGUAAUGAAUUGCCAGCCUUUGCAUUCAUUCAGUACAUCCAUUACUUCUGACUGAAAAAUGAUUGAAUAUCCAAGGGCAGCGUGGGUCUUUAAUAAACUCCCCCUGAGGAGAAUGAGAGGAAAGGGAGAUAAAGGAGAGGCCAUGGGCUUCGAUUAUUUUUGUUCAUUAUGAAGCCUCAUCUGUGUUUUUGUCUUUGAUGAAUACAUAUACCGCAGAUUUGAUGCUUUGCCUUAAUUCUCUGUGUAUUGAAAUAAAAUUGUUUUUAAAGGUUUUAUCAUUUUCUGUCACUCUUUGACUAAUAAAACAUGCUUCAAGUUAA